UUUUUCUUUAUUUAUUGAAAUCUUCAUUUUUUUUUUCUCCUUUACAAAAAAAAAAACAUUUGUUUUUUUUCUUCGCUAUUCAAACUUCGUCUCCUCACCGUCCGAUGUAUUGACUCUGACCGAUCAGUCAAUUGUGAGCUCAACAUCCAACGGUCAUGGGUCAUUGUUACAGCCGGAACACCUCCGCCGUCAAGGACGACGAGAUCCCCGCCGGAAACGGCGAGGUUACGAAUCAACCUUCUCAACCGACGGAAAAUAACCGGCGUGGUUCGGUUCCUCAGUCUCCGGCUGCUUCCGAAGUCAACAACUCCUACAACAUUAGCCCUUUCCAGAGCCCUUUGCCGGCGGGAGUAGCUCCAUCGCCGGCGAGAACUCCGGGGAGAAAGUUCAAAUGGCCGUUUCCUCCACCGUCGCCUGCGAAACCGAUUAUGGCGGCUUUGAGACGGCGACGUGGCGCUCCGCCUCAGCCUCGGGAUGAGCCGAUCCCGGAGGAUAGCGAAGAAGUGGCGGAUCACGGUGGUGAUAACGGCGGAGGCGGCGGAGAGAGGCUGGAUAAGAAUUUCGGGUUUGGGAAGAACUUCGANCGGCUUCACUCCAGUUAGCGUCGGAUUGGGCUUUGACGCUCCAAUCGUCUCCUGCUCACUAUGCAAGCAAGGUCGCAAAGCUUCUCCUUCAGGUGUCAAACACUUGGUUUUUUGGUUUUUCAGAUGACAUCGGCUUUAUCUAUAGAAGAUGUUCGUCGAGAAGUGAAGUUGCUGAAAGCUUUGUCCGGGCAUAGGCAAAUGGUUAAGUUCUAUGAUGUAUAUGAGGAUGCUGAUAAUGUCUUUGUUGUUAUGGAGUUAUGCGAAGGUGGAGAGCUAUUGGAUAGAAUUUUGGCGAGAGGUGGACGAUACCCUGAAGUCGAUGCCAAACGUAUUCUUGUGCAGAUUUUGUCUGCAACAGCAUUUUUUCAUCUUCAAGGUGUUGUGCACCGUGAUCUGAAGCCGGAGAAUUUUCUCUUCACCAGCAGAAACGAGGAUGCAAUACUCAAGGUCAUAGAUUUUGGCUUGUCUGAUUUCAUUAGAUACGAUCAGCGCCUCAAUGAUGUUGUAGGAAGUGCAUACUAUGUUGCACCCGAAGUACUCCAUAGGUCUUACAGCACUGAAGCGGAUAUGUGGAGCAUUGGUGUCAUAAGUUACAUACUACUCUGUGGAAGCAGACCAUUCUAUGGAAGAACUGAGUCUGCGAUAUUCCGAUGUGUGCUUAGAGCUAACCCUAAUUUUGAGGAUAUGCCAUGGCCUUCAAUAUCUCCUACUGGCAAAGACUUCGUGAAAAGGCUUCUUAACAAGGACCAUAGGAAACGAAUGACAGCUGCUCAAGCUCUAGCUCAUCCGUGGUUACGUGAUGAAAACCCUGGUUUACUUCUUGAUUUCUCCGUCUACAAGUUGGUCAGGUCCUAUAUUCGUGCCUCACCUUUUAGACGAUCAGCACUUAAGGCUCUCUCCAAAGCUAUACCCGAUGAAGAACUGGUAUUCCUUAAGGCACAGUUCAUGCUCCUGGACCCUAAAGACGGAGGCCUAUCUCUAAACUGUUUCACCACGGCUUUAACGAGAUAUGCUACUGAUGCUAUGAUGGAAUCAAGGCUUCCUGACAUUUUAAACACGAUGCAACCGCUGGCGCAAAAGAAGCUCGACUUUGAUGAGUUCUGUGCGGCUGCAGUCAGUGUUUACCAACUGGAGGCUCUUGAAGAAUGGGAACAGGUUGCAACUUCAGCAUUUGAGCACUUCGAACAGGAAGGAAACCGACUCAUAUCCGUCCAAGAACUUGCUGGGGAGAUGAGCCUGGGACCGAGUGCGUAUCCUCUGCUCAAGGAUUGGAUCCGGAGUUCAGACGGAAAGCUGAGUUUCUUGGGCUAUGCUAAGUUCUUGCAUGGUGUGACCGUACGAAGCUCGAGCUCGAGACCUAGGUGACAUAUUGUAAUGUAAAGUCUUCUAACAUGUGAAUUGAGUUUCAAGAAACAUCCAAAAUGACGCCGUCAUCAGAGACCUGAAGUGGAAGUGAAGUCGAGUAGGUAUUUAUUUCCUUUGUAAAUGAUUCGUGGGGCAUUUUGUUUUCAGAGGAACCAAAACCUAAAAGAAACCAAAAAAAGGAAAUAUAUAUUUAUAUAUUAUAGGAAUUGGGGGAGGUGUUGUUCUGAUU